GCUCUACAGCCUCUGACCCAAGAAUGAGCUUUCCCAGAAACCUUUCCCUGAUUCUGACAUGAAUUCUGAUGCUUGCUGAAUCCCAACUGCUGGCUUCCAGGAUCAGUACCGGGGAGCCCUAAGGAGUCUCUGCUCAGGAGCAGCCAGCCCUUGAGUCCACCAUGAACUGGAGCGUGUUUGAGGGGCUCCUGAGUGGGGUCAACAAGUACUCCACAGCCUUUGGUCGCAUCUGGCUGUCCCUGGUCUUUGUCUUCCGUGUGCUGGUGUACCUGGUGACAGCUGAGCGCGUGUGGGGUGACGACCAGAAGGAUUUUGACUGCAACACCAGGCAGCCCGGCUGUACCAAUGUCUGCUAUGAUGAGUUCUUCCCUGUGUCCCACGUGCGCCUCUGGGCCCUGCAGCUCAUCCUGGUCACAUGCCCUUCUUUGCUUGUGGUCAUGCACGUGGCCUAUCGAAAGGCUCGAGAAAAGAAAUACCAGGAAAAAGUUGGCAAAGGAUACCUUUAUCCGAACCCCGGCAAGAAGCGGGGUGGACUCUGGUGGACAUACGUCUUUAGCCUAUCAUUUAAGGCCACCAUAGAUAUUAUCUUCCUCUACCUCUUCCACGCAUUCUACCCCAGAUACACUCUCCCUUCUAUGGUCAAGUGUCAUGCGGCACCAUGUCCCAACACAGUGGACUGCUUCAUCGCCAAGCCCUCGGAGAAGAACAUCUUCAUUGUCUUCAUGGUAGUCACGGCCGUCAUCUGCAUCCUGCUUAACCUUGUGGAGCUGAUCUACCUGGUGAUUAAGCGGUGUUCUGAGUGUGCAGCACUGAGGAGACCACCCGCUGCACACACAAAGAAUGACCCAAACUGGGCCAACCCUUCCAGCAAAGAGGACUCAAGCAAUCUCAUCUUUCUGGGCUCGGACAUUCACCCACCUCUAUUACCAGAUCACCCUCGAGCCCACGUGAAGAAAACCAUUCUGUGAAGGGUCCCUAGACUGGACUGGCAGGGUGGGCAUGAACUGGAAGGUUCCAGAAUCUCUCAUGGAUAUAGCUGGUGGGGAGAAGAGUUGAGUUGGAGUUGGAGGCAGGCAAAAGGGAGGACGCCCACAGUUUGGGAUCCAAUUGUCCCUCCCGGCUGACUGGCCUUCACUAAAUUACACCUCUACUCUGUACCUCGGUUUCCUUUUCUGUUAAAUAAACACACUGAGCGCCACUUAACAGGGCUCCUGGGAGGGGGAGUUUCACGAAGGCACGGAUGAGCGGAUGCCUUCCUGUGUGGCCCAGGGGGAGAGUUUAAUAAAGAUAAAUGUGUUCACAGA